UGUAUAUUUUUCUAGAUGAUUUUUUCUUGUUAUAGAAAAUCAUGGAAUUUUAUAAAAAGGAUUUUUUAAUACUCCUUUAUGUGCACAGGAGUAAUCAGGUCUUCAAGAACACACGAAUUGAGGAUCAAGUUCAACGGUUGAGUUUACAAGGGUCAAGUGCAUUUAAGAUUGAUGACAAAAAAAAUAUCUCACUGGAUGAGGAAAUUAAUUGCCUUCGUUUGAGUUCGACAAUACGAACAGAAGAAAAUAGUAGGAGUCCAUUUUCAAGGCAACGGAAAAGGCCGCCAGAGGCCGGAUGCUCCUCAUCUUCAUCUGGAUCAUGCUCAUCGUCGGGAAGGACAAUCGAAUCAUUAUCGUGCAAUGAUAAUGGAAGUGAAAUGAGUGAGGAUGCUGUAGGGAAGAAGAAGAAUGAACCUAUUUAUGCAGUAGUUGACCUAAAAAACAAAUACGAACAUCGAGCGAGGAUACGACAUGAAAUGGAAGAGAAACGAAAGAGUUUGUUAGCAUCAGGGCAAAUUAAUGACUUGGAUGAGGUCACAACUGAUUAUGAAGAGGUAUUUGACUUCCAAAAUGAAUCAUUUGACGACACAAUGAAUACCAAUCAACAUUACUAUGAUGAUGAAAAUAUUUACGAACCGAUAAACAUUCCAGAUCCUUCACUUAGAGACCACAAACAUCGAAAUGUUUUAUGGAAAUACAUUUCACGCUUAAACAUUGAUGCUUUAUUCGAAUUGGCUAGAAAUCGGAAAAAGACUGUCAAAACUGCUGCUGAAAAUACUUCACCAUUUGCAAAUAUAAAACAAAAAAUUGGUCAUCAUCGAAAGUCUCUUAGGAUUCGAAUGAUAAAAUUAUAUGCACGUGAAAACCAUCAGGAAGUGCCAGAAGAAAUUGUUGAAACAAUUAAUGAUGAUGAUAAGUCGGAUUUAGGUCAAACAUAACAUUUAUUUUAAUUUUAAGUUUAAUUUAUAAGUUUAAU